AUGUGCAUAUAUUUAGUUAUCUUGAUCAUGGGUGUCAUUGGAAAUGGACUUGUCAUCUUUGUGACCGGCUACAAAAUGAAGACGACAGUCAACUCCAUUUGGUUUCUCAACUUGGCGAUUGCAGACAUCCUUUACAUUUUGUUCUUGGUUUGCACAGUGUUUUUAAUUUAUUAUAACUACAACUGGCCAUUUGGUGACUUCAUGUGUAAAUGUGUUUUCUUUGCGAGGACUCUAAAUAUGUUCGAAAGUGUUUUCUUUCUGACAGUUAUCAGUGUGGAUCAAUGUCUGUGCACAUGGUUUGUUGUUUGGGCUCAGAACAAACAAACUUUAGUCAAAGCCAGAAUCAUCUGUAUGUUUGUGUGGAUUUUAUCCAUCUGCUGCAGCAUCCCAUUUAAAUGUGUCUACACUGUUAACAAACACAUGUCACAGCUCACAGCCAAGUUUGUGGUGGGCUUUCUUAUUCCAUUCUUGAUCAUUGCAUCUUCAUACAUAGUUAUUGGUGUGCGCGUGAAACGCCUUAAAAGAGGAAAGCAUCUUCGAGUUUACUGGAUCAUAUCUGUGAUUCUGGCUUUUUUCAUAUGCUGGUUUCCUUUCCAUGUUCAACAACUGUGUUUAAUAAGUGCAGUGAAGUAUAACUGGAGUGCUAGUGCUAAAGAGAAACUUAAUGCUGCAUUUCCUUUUGUAGACUGUCUGGUUUAUCUAAACAGUUGUCUAAACCCCAUUCUCUUUGUGUUCAUGUGUGAUGAAUAUAAGAAGAAACUUAAAAAGUCUCUCCUGCUGGUGUUUGAGGGGGCUUUUAUUGAAGAGCAUCUGAGUUUAAGAUCAACUCCACUUCCUCAAAACUCUCAAUGUCAGCAGGUACUACGUGUACAGACAGAAGAAACAACCAUCUGA